GACCAGAGUGUGAGGGGAUCCAACUAUUCUGCCUUUCAGCUCAGCAGAGCUCAUCUUACUACUUCAACUCAACUGUCUUAUCUGACCCCCCUCCCUCCCCUGCUGACUGCCAGCCUGAUUUGCUGAUUUUCUUCCCGGGGAACUUAACGGGAUCAGAAGAGGUUGCCGAGCGUUGAUCGAUCGAGUGGUGGAGCGGUCAGAGGCAGCCAGAGUCGUUAUGGCCGUGUCCCAGGAGCAGAGUGUGUGUCUGGGGCUCUGGGUGCUCCUUUUGCUUGGUGCAGGCAUGGAAGAAGCAGUGGAGGGAUGUAGCUGCCACCCAGCACACCCACAGCAGCUUUUCUGCAGCGCUGAGAUCGUGAUAAGGGCAAAGAUCUCUGGAGAGAAGAUUGUGUCACCUAGCAACAGCUCCUCACCUUACAUGAAAAUGAUCCAAUAUGAAAUCAAAAUGAUCAAGAUGUUCAAAGGUUUUGACAAGGCCAAGGAUAUCCAGUACGUGUACACUCCAGUCUUCUCCUCGCUAUGUGGAGUCAAACUGGACUCCAACAAUAAAGCAGGGUAUCUGCUCUCAGGGAGUAUGUGGAGUGAUGGGAGGAUUUCUAUUGGCCAGUGUGACCUGGUCGAGUCCUGGGACAACUUAUCACUGUCACAAAAGAAGAAUCUCAACUACAGAUACCAGAUGGGCUGUGAAUGCAGGAUCAACACUUGCUACACAGUGCCGUGUGCGUCUACAGGAGAAAACGAGUGCUUGUGGACUGACUGGCUGCUGGAUAACAGCCUAAAUGGGGAGCAGGCUCGGCAGUACUCCUGCAUCCGCCGCUCCGACACAACCUGUAGCUGGUACCGGGGUGGACCUCCACCUGAGAAAGACUUCCUGGACAUGACUGACCCUUGACCUGUAAUUCUGACACUGCCUCUGAUUUCACUCCAUUUGACUCCUGCAACACCUCGAGAAAAAAAUGUCCUGCUUUUGCUUAUGUAGCUCAAAUUUGGCAUGCAAAGUAGCAACGGAUUUCACUGCAAAAUUGGCUGAUUUUUACAUUCAAUGGAGUUUAACUCACCCCUGAGCUUCUGUUAGCAGAGGUCAGGUGGUUGCUACAGCAAUGCUAGGAAAAGUUUUAUAAUCUGCAGGGGCUUUCCGCAUUCCUCUGAGUCAUUUUCUCGCUCUCACACAUUCCACUGCGCUUGCUGUUUACCACAGAAUAAGAAUAGCAGCAGACCAUCCACUGCAGAUUAUUCAACCCAGAGUGAAUUUUAUUUCCAUCCUCUCUGACAGUAAAUGCAUAAACUUUACAAAAGAGAAAAAUUUGAGGACCUCAUAUUUGUGUAUGCAUAACUAACAAUAAGUUAUGUAGUAAUUUAGGCUAUAAUUUACUGAAAGAAGUAUAAGGAAGUUGAACAGUUACUGUAAAACAACAGGGGGUAAAUAGUAGAAAAAAAGAUGGCAACUUUUGCCACAACCCUACAUUGCAAAGUGUACUCUACAUACUGUAAACAAAUCUUCUGUGCACAGAUUUUUGGAGGUAGACUGCAGCACUGCCAGUGUUUCUUUUGCAAAUGAAAAUGCACUGUACAUAUAUAGAUAAAAGCAACACCAGACCUUCCCCAAUUCAUUAUAUUUUGACAAAAUCUGCCACAGGAAUUAUAUAUAUAUAUGACCAUAAUUCUUGUCUAUCUAAAUCAUAGCAGUUUAUACUCUCAAAUUUCUGAGACUGUAAAUAUUGUACUUCAGUGAGAAUUAACACUUCAAAGGCUAACCAGAUCUUGUUUUAUGGCUUAUAGCGGUUCUUAUCUUGUGGUUUUGUGUGUUUAGUUUCCUUGGUUGAACUCUGUACUAUUUCCUGUGCCAAAAAUCUAAUCCAGCGCUUUAACAACAGCACUGCCACCUGUAGAAGCCAAGCCCCCUCCCCUUAAGGAAAAUGACGUAACAGGACAAGGUUCAAUUCACUAUUUUAACUCCUUCAGAAGAACAGGAAGUGGGUUCUCCUCAAGAUAGUAAAAACUUUGGCACAAGACGUUAACCAACAAAAAGAGAAAUAACUCUUCAUAAAUGAGCUAUACUUAAUGAUUAAAGUGUUAUUUUUAUAGGAAUUAUUUAAUAUAAUGACUCAACAUUAAUUCAAGCGACCCAAAUCUGAAUUGACCCCUGUCUUGUUACUGGAUUACUUCACUGAAGUCAUACAGAUUAAAAUGCAUUAUCCCUUGUUAUCUUCAUGCAUUAGCCAAUAUGUCAAGAUCAUAUUAGGCUCACAUUCAUCAAUGAAAUAGUCCCAUUUCAACUGCACAAUGCAGCAAUUUGCUUGAUAUGAAAUAUGUUAAUGGUAACAUUUUUCCAAACAUUUCAUGACUGAUAUGAUCAUAGUGCAUAAUUUCUGCAUGGCUUUAGUGAAGGGCUAUCAGACUAUUCCAUUUUUGUUUUAUACUGAACGAAUUGUUUGGGUUUGUAUUUAUGUCUCUGUUUCUGUCUAAAUAGAGUUUUCUAUUUCCAUGUACCAAAAAAGAUUGUAUAUAAAAUGUCUCAAUGGAAUAAAGUGUCACUGACUCUU